AUGCUGUUGAAAAUAGUCGUAACGCUUUUACUUUCUGGAUACGCCACCGGAUUCGGAGAAGUUCAAACCUAUUCGGUGAGAGGAAGGAUUACUUGUGAUGAUCAACCGUCUAAUCUGGUGGUAAGUCAGGGCUUAUUGAGGCUAGAGAGGCGACAAAAAUAAAGAUCGUGAUUUUAAAACCCCAAAAAACCGUUGUGGUUAAAAACUUAUUGAUAAAUAAUGUUCCCCAACAUGAUGGAUCUUGAUUUCUCUCUCGUUGUCAAGUCUACGGCAGAAAGUCUUUAAUAAGAUACUAGGCUGUGAAAAAGAUCGCAACGUUAGCAGAGACUAGGCAAUGAAACUUUGUUGCAACAUAAAAUGAUAAUGGAAACUCCUCUAGUGCGACUCUCAGAUUUUGCUGAAACUUGGCAUAAAUUACGCCAGAUUUUUAACUCGCGCUUUGCAGAAACAACCGAGAUUUUUAAGCCGAAAGUUGUAUAUAGAUUUAAAAAAAUUUUGAUAAUUUUAUAAUAGCUUGCAAAAUUUCAUGCCCAUUUCUACCGUAGAGGGUAAUAUUUCCAUAAAAAAUAAUUUUUUCGCCCGGAACUAGAAAAGGUAUGGUCAAAAAGUGUUUUUUCUCUGACCACUCCGAGUUUCUGGCCCUCUCUCGGACACAAUAUAAAAUCAAAAAUUUCAGACAGUUCGAAUGUACGACUACGACAAGAUCUCGGAAGAUGAUUUGAUGGCUGAGAUAAACACCUCUGAAGAUGGAACAUUCGAAAUGACCGGCUCUUCGCAAGAACUCACGCCGAUUGAGCCCUAUCUUCGUAUUUAUCAUCAUUGUGGGGAUACGGGCGAAUUUCUUUUUGUCCAUUGCCCCCUCAACUUUGUCUAUCAUUUGCCAGAGAAGGGAGAGCGAGAAGUUGUGGAUGUUGGGACGAUAAAGUUAAGAGGGAAGUUCAGAAGGGACGAUGAGAUCAGAGGAUGUAUUUAA